AUGGCAAUCGAAGAACUCAUUCCAGUUGCCCAGAGGCCGCUUGAAGCAGUCUUCCCAAACGACAAAUUCUUCAGCAGCCUUCUCUCUUGUGCAGAGCGGUUUCCUGGGGAUCCAAUUGCAGUCAAUGAUCCAGCAAAUGGCGUGUCUGCGACGUACAAUCAAUUGAUCGGGGAUAUUGUCUCUACGCGGAAAGCGAUAUACAAUUCUUGGUCUUCCGAGCUGUUUGACAGCCAAGGGACUUUGAAAGGCUCACCAUGGGUCGGUCUUCUGGUGCCAACCUCGUAUGAAUUCGUGGUUGGGUGUCUCGUGAUCCUCUCAAUUGGAGGUGCUAUCAUGCCAAUGCCAAAGGCGAUUCUAUCCGAUGAAGCCGAUCACUUCUUCGAGCAAUGCGAUUCAACGCUCAUGAUAGUUGGCUCAAAACACCCGGAAGUCGCGCUCAAAAUACAGGCUUAUCGACAUGUUGUCUCGCACCGCACUAUACAAAGUAUACCCGUGACACGGCGCGACCGAAGCGAGCAUCAAGUAGAUAUCAUACAUUUGGACGACAGCAUUGACAUUCCCUCGGAUCGCCCUGGCCUAGUUGUGUUCACAUCCGGAACUACUGGACCACCCAAAGGUGCCGUGCUGCCUCGUUGCUCGUUAUAUCCUCGGCAACCAUGUACUCCGGAAAACCGCCUGAUCAAGCUAUGCGAUCGUCCAGCGCACUGGAUCGGUGGUUAUGUCGGGUUGUUUCCGCUUCUUCUCAGCGGUCACGGCAUUGAGAUCCUGCCACCGGGCUCUCCUGCAGUGGACUACUGGGAGCUUCUGCGACAACAGCGCGUCACUCGGGUUACUUGGGGGCCGAUGAUGUUCUCACAGCUGAAGCAGUACUACGAGGAUCACCUUCGACUGCUACCCGAGGCAGAACUUGAGCCAUACUUGCAAGGUGCUCGAGUGAUUCAGGGGCUGAGGGCCGGAUCGGCAAUGCCCGCACCUGUUCUAUUGGAUUUCUGGCAGGAAAUGGUUGGGAAGCCGCUUCAAAUGGGGUAUUCUGCUACCGAGGCAGGCGGCCUGAUGAGUGCACUACUCAAUGUUGGCUCUGCAAAGCCGUCAUCGAUAGGGAAACCGAUUCCCGGCGUCGAGAUGAAACUCUCUGAAGGGAAAACCGGCGAGAUCUUGGUCAAAAGUCCUCGAAUCAUGUUACGUUACUUGAACAACCCCGAAGCGACUCGGGCUGCAUUCACUGAAGAUGGGUUCUACCGAACUGGUGAUAUGGCGCACAUGGAUGGAGACGAGUUCAUAUUUGACGGACGAGUCUCAUCGGACUUCGUACAGGUUUAUGCGUAUCGAGUCCCCAUUCUGGAGGUCGAGAACGCAGUCAUAGCGCUUCCAUACGUGGCAGAGGCUGCAGUUGUCGCAGUCCCCGAUCCCGCAUGCGCGAACCAAAUCGGCGCUGUCAUCAGGCUGAGACAGGGAAUGGCUCAGAUGCCUCUGGACAAGUUGCGCAAUGACCUGUCCCCGUCACUCCCUGCAUACACUCUACCCACCAAAUUGCGGGUCCUCGACGAUGACGAGAUGCUGCCUCGAACCGUCUCAUACAAGAUCCAGCGAAAACAGACCGCCACCAAGUUCUUUGGAGACAGUGCAGCGGUGGAUCGAGUACAGGUCUGUCCGAAACUUCAGGCUGGUAAAGAUCGCCCUGUGAAGGCGUGGGAUUGGGCAGGGCUACAGUAA